AGAUAUUAACAUAUGAGAUAUUGAACACAUAGAAGGAUUGGAGAAUGUCAGGAGUUUCCGCCGAACCUGGACCUUCCAAUUCCAGUUCACAGGAGAGAUCAUCGAAGGAUUUUAAGCUUGACGUACAUGUGUCAACCAAAGAAUCAAACCAGGAAACAACCAAAGUGUAUAGCAAAAUAUACAAUACUAUACGAGAGUCUACGGGAGCUAUUUCUGACAACCAAGACAAGUCCUUUCCAGGACUUGUUCUAUCAGUCAUUGGAGAUUCCGAAAGUUAUGUUCCAAAAUCAUGGAAUACAACAGAAUUUGAGUCGGGGCUACUUCAGACCGUCAAAGGUGCAAAGGAAAGCUGGAUUAUAUAUAGAGGAGAGAAAGAUGGCGUUAGUUCUCUGGUAGACAUGGCUUUAAAAGGCAGCCCAUUGGUGGAUGAUACAGAUCAAGAUGAUGAGACGAAUGACAGAAACCAGAAAGUAACGUUAGUUGCAAUCAAACCAUGGAAUGACACGAUAGUUAAAACAAGCGAUGUAAAAGAUAAGAAAAAGAAUGACAGAUGGACUUUUCAGCUCAACCCACAGGUUCCAACAACAAGUGAAAAAACUGAAAAAAAGAAUACCGAGGAAAAUGGUCGAAAUAUCGAAAAGGAUUUUAAAUGGUUCAACAACUUCUUAGCUAAUCUACUUUCAGAGUUAUCACAACAGUAUACACCACUACUGACCAACAAAAGUAAAGCUGUUCUCAACAUGAGAGUUCCAGUAGUAAUUAUUGCAGUAGAAGGUGACGUCACUACUGUCCAUCAAAUACUGUCGUUUAUUCAAAGAAAAGUACCAGUUCUUUUAGUAAAAGGUUCUGGUAAAGCAGUAGAUUUUAUUAUUGAAUACAUCAAAGAAACAUCCAGCAGUGAGAAAGACCGAAUUUUAGCCGAAAAUGCUGCUUUAUUACUUGGAAUCUGCAUAAACAGUGAAGAAUAUAUGAAUUUAAAGACAAUGAUGGAGGAAAUAGAGAAAUAUCGUUACAUGGUAACAAUUUUUGACUUGCACAGCAAAAAUGGUGGGAAAAUGGAAGACGUAAUUGUAAGAGCAAUUCUGAAAGGAUGGUCUCUUCAAGGAGUACAUGCACAAACAUCACCUACUGAGAGCCCUCAGCCAUACACUAGAUUUAAAACUUGGGUACCAAAUGUUCCAGAUAAACCUGAUAAAGAUAUUCCAAAAAUAGAACAGGGGAUGCCUGAUCGAAAGAACAUUUAUGCAGACACAGACAGUAUGACAAAUGUUAGGCCUUUGUCACCAGUUAUUAUGGUUAAAAGUAACGACGACAUAACAUCAAGAACAAUGUCGUCGGCUUCAUCCAAAUCAUCUGAGGAUCCAAAUGCAAACGUUACAAAUGAUACAUCCCAAGGGAAAGAACAGCCAACAAAGAAAUCUACUACAUUGAAUGUUGUUGAAAACACUGGUGCAGAAAACCUUGGAAGCUUAAAGGAAUUGUAUCCGGUUAUUCUUACACCUGGAUCAUUAGCGCUAUACUUUUACAUAGUUUACCAAUAUAUUAAAGAGAGCGGACAUUUGAAAGACACAACAGAGGAUUUGCAAGUGCUUCUUCUUCAUGCAAUUAUUGCUGAUCGAGAUGAUUAUGUAUCGUCAUUAAUUCAACAUGGGAUAAAAUUCGAUCGCAAUAAUAUGAACACUCUUUAUAGCGAGACCCUUCAGUGCAAGAACUGCGACGGUAUCGACUGUACAAAGAUACAUGCUAUCCAUUUUGGUGUGUCAUCAACUCGUUGUCGAAAGGUUUGGUGCACAUGCAAUAAUCAUUUGAAUCAUCUUUGUGUGAUACGCAGAAGUGAUGUCAUUGAUAAUGCAAGGCAGUUAUGUUCUAUUCUCUUGACAUAUUCAGAAACAAAUAGAGAUGAAGGUAAAAACGAAGACUUGUCUAAAGAUGAUUUAUAUCAAGAUUUAUUAGCAUGGGCUUUAUUUGCAAACAGAAAAGAAUUAGCCGGAGUAUUUUGGUCCAAAUGCAAAAAUCCAUUACUUACAGCGAUUAUGGCAAGUAGUGUUUUAAGGAAUAUGGCUAAGAAAGUUCACACAGGCAAAGAUCGGAAGUUACAUGAAGAUUUAACACAACAUUCAAGGCUUUUUGAAAAAAGGGCAUUGGAACUUCAGAAUACAUUGUAUGACGAAGAUGAAAAAGGUUGUAUGUCGCUAGUAAAUUCUGUAGACGAUAUAUGGGGUAUGAGCGUUGGUCCAAUAAAAUGUGCUUAUGAAAACGGAAUGGUUGACGUGAUCGGUCACCCUUGUGUCCAGCGCCUCCUGAGUAAAAUAUGGUACAAUGAUUCUGCAGUUCAGUUGCCACAGUGGUAUAAGAGUCUAUUUUGCUAUGGUCGAGGUCAUAGACGUUUCGAAAACAUGACGAAAGCUUGGUUUUCUCCAGCAAUGACAUUUGCUGUACAUUACUUUGUGGUGUUGGUUAUGUUGGUAAUUUACAGUGCAUUCAUUUUAAUGGAUGUAAAAAGUGAGAAUGCUCUCGGAGGAAUUGGAGCUUUAGAAUUUAUUCUUCAUCUUUGGAUAUUACUGGAUUUAUUAGAGGAAGUACUUCUUAGACAUAUGAGGUCGCUUCUACUCUUCCAAAUGCCAAAGUUUCGACUGAUUGCAUAUCUAAAAGAUUUUUGGAAACUUCUGGCCUGGUUAUCAUACAUUAUCAUUGGAGCAGCCUUUAUGGUCAGAAUUGUUUCUGCAGAUGAAUACAAACGCACAGAAAUAAGACUGUAUAGCCUAGGGCUGUUCAUAAUGUACAUGAGAUUUUUGAAGAGUAUGUUGGUACUCACUUACUUUGGUCCGAAGAUAAUAAUGAUCGGCAAAAUGCUAAAAGAGUUAAUACAAUUCAGCUGGAUUCUGUUUAUUUUCAUCAUGUGCGCUGGGGUGUUGUAUCAUUCAAACAUGUACCCACAUCACUACGACAUGUGGCCAAGUCGUGGAACAGGAGUGCUCUAUUGGAGACUCUGGAAAAUAAUAUCGCUCCCAUAUUGGCAAAUCUAUGGAGAACUUUUUCUUGACGAUCUGAAAGGUGAAAAUAACAGCAACGGGUCUUGCACCUUUAUCCAAUCAGAAUGGGAGAGUGAUCCAAGUAUAGAGAGAUGUGUUGAGUACGACUGGGCAAUUAUGAUUAUUGCAGCCAUAUACAUGCUUAUAUCAAACCUUUUGUUGGUCAAUUUAGUAAUUGCCUUAUUCAGUUAUAGAUUUGAAGAGGUACAAAAUAAUUCUGACAGACUUUGGAAGUUCUGGAGAUAUUCUAUCAUAAGCGAUUACAGUAAAAGAUUUCCAAUACCUUUGAACGUACCUCUUCAUAUAUUUGAUGUGAUAAGAACAUUGUAUCGCCAAAAAAGUGCAUCUUGUAAAGAUGCAUAUUACAAAGAUGAUCACAAAAAAUGCAUAAAUGGAACGUGCCUUCCUUUUGAUCUUCUAAUAGACGUUCAACCUAAACAUGCCGCAAGAUGCCUGUUUGAAGAGAGGAAUGAGAAAAUCCAAUAGAACAGAAUCAAUUAUUUUUGUCUGAUAAAACGUUAGCAU